AUGGCUUCAAAGUUCUUCCCCGCUAUCCCGCGGGUUGGCCGCCAAUUGUUCCACCAGAUUCCUAAGUCCCAAUGCAGACCGUUCUCGGCUGGCCCGCAACGUUACAGCGAUACACUUGCCGUGCAUCGCAACAAGCCUCACAACAACCCCUCUAUCCCUUUCAAGUUCUCCGAGCAGAAUAUGAAACUCGUCGAUGAGAUCCUCAAGCGCUACCCUCCCCAGUACAAGAAGGGUGCCGUUAUGCCCCUCUUGGAUUUGGGCCAGCGCCAGCACGGCUAUACCAGCAUUAGCGUCAUGAACGAGGUCGCCCGUAUCCUUGAGAUGCCCCCAAUGCGCGUUUACGAAGUCGCUACCUUCUACACCAUGUACAACCGUGAGCCGGUUGGAAAGUACUUUGUUCAGCUCUGUACCACGACACCCUGCCAGCUCGGUGGCUGCGGUAGCACCAAGAUCCUCGAAGCUAUCCAGGAGCACCUGGGCAUCACUCCCGGACACACAACAGAAGACGGCCUUUUCACUUUCAUCGAGGUCGAGUGCCUGGGUGCCUGUGUCAAUGCCCCCAUGGUCCAGAUCAACGACGACUACUACGAAGAUCUCACGCCUGAAUCGAUGAAGACCCUUCUCACAGCCCUGAAGGAGUCCGCUACAGUCGCGGAGAGCGGCAAGGAAGUCAAGGUGCCCGCGCCAGGACCCCUGAGCGGAAGACAGACCUGCGAGAACAGUGCUGGGCUCACGAACCUGCAAAAUCCUGUGUGGGACCCUGAGACAAUGAUGCGGAAGGACGGUGCCUUGGAUCAGCAGGCUUAA